ACUUAGUAGAAAUGCAGUUUUACUUCAACCUUAAUAGAACACUUACAUUUAUCUGUACUUGAAUACAAUAAGGUCUCCAUGUGCUUUAACGGCUCCUUUUCGCUCAUUCGCAAACUCCUGCCUCCAAGGGCCGAGGAGCCCUGUCUCCUCGUCUUGGGACUGGACAAUGCUGGCAAAUCAUCUCUGACCGGAAGCCUAGCUGACAAAUUGGGCGACAGUGUAAGGUGUCACGGACGGCUGAAAAACCGACAGCUCUGGGCCAACUAUUACAAGAAUGUCAGGGGCUUGAUCUUUGUCAUCGACAGCAAGGAUACGGCCCGGCUGAGCGAGGCUCGUUGCGUGCUCUGUGAUGUUCUGCUGGAUGAGCGAGUACGGAAUGUCCCACUGCUGAUUGUGGCCAACAAACAGGACGCCUUGGGUGCCAUGUCCAGCCGCCUUAUGGUCGAUUUGAUGGGUCUGAGCCGCUUGGAGGGACGCGAGUGGAUCAUACAAGAGUGUUCGGUGACGACAGGCAGCGGUAUUCAGACGUUUUACAGGGCAUCAUCGGUUGGAUUUCCAAGAAUAUACGAAAGUGAUCGUAUAAACCAUUCGUUCAUUGAGCUAUAAUUCUGUUCUAAAUUUUAAAUGAAGCUUAACAAGGGACUAAUCAAGGUUCAAUGGCAUAUAAUACGUUGUUUUAAUCG